AUGAGGGUCCAACCGUUGACGAUUUGCGAAAAAGCGGUCAUUUUGGAGGCGCUCAAAACUGGAAAAGUUGGUUAUUCCGGCGAUUUUUCGAUAUUUGCUCCCAAUUUUAGCGCUUCGAUUUCCGCAAUUUGGAAGAGUUUCGUGACGUAAAGCUGCUCGUUGGAGCUGAAAUCGGCACCGCCAUUUGCACUAUCGGAAACACAAAGUUUGUGCGAAUUUCGGGGAAAAAAAUGGAGGACAGUGCGAAAUUUGUCAAUUCUCCGACAGAAUUGCGAAAUUUAACUGUUUUUACCCACACGUAAAUCUCUAUUCUUUCAGGGUAAUGGCGGCGGUGAGCGCGCAGAUCGCGGAGCCGUCUGCGAUGCGUCCGCACAAAGGAACCAUCAAUAUCGACGUGGAUUUGAGCCCGAUGGCCAAUUACGGUCCGAAUUUUGUAGAAUUUUAGAGGAAAUUUCGAAUUUUUUUUAUAGCCAACGAACACGACCGUCUCGGCAGCAAAGGAAUGGAGUUGCUUCGGCUUUUAGAGCUGAUCAUCCGCGAUUCGAGGUGUAUCGACGUUGAGGUCGGUAUUCUGGGACACGGGAACAAAAUUUGAGUGGUCUGAAUCUUUGUUAUGCUUCUCGGGUCGUUUGGCCAAGAUUUUGACGUCUUGGGAAGAUUUUGGAGCACUCUAGAGGCUCAUGGAAGCGAUCAACAGUCGAAAGACGCUUUUCUCACACUUUUUCAAUGUUUUCUUCAGUCGCUGUGCAUCCGAGCGGGCAAGGAGAUCUGGAAGAUCCGCGUGGACGUGCGGGUGCUCGACGAGGACGGAAGCCUGCUCGACUGUGCCUGUCUCGCAGCCAUCACCGCCCUUCAGCACUUCAAACGGCCCAAUGUCACUCUGGAACCGCAUCACACUCUUGUGGUUCGUCCCAUCGUUGUCUUUGACGGAAUUUAUAGAUCACGUUGUCUUUUUUCAGUACUCGGAAUACGAGAAAGCGCCAGUGCCGCUCAACAUUUAUCACAUGCCAAUUUGCACCACAAUCGGACUUCUCGACAAAGGGUGAGCAUAGAAACGAGCUGGAAAUCAAGAUUUUUUUUUAAAAUUCCGGUUCCAAUUGCGUUCUGAACUGAACAGAUCCAAAACAUUGGCAACUCUUUGCAGUCAAAUGGUGGUGAUCGACCCGACGGAAAAAGAGGCCUCUUGCCUGGACGGUUCGAUCGUCGUGGCGUGCAAUAAACGGAGAGAAGUGUGCGCCCUCCAUCAGAGCACCAAUCUCGUCCUUUCGACGAAACAAAUCGAGCGGUGUGUCCGGUUGGCGAUGGCCCGCGCGGAAGCACUCACCGCAGUCGUCAGCGACGUCAUCAAACACGAUCAGAGGGAGAGGUACUCGAGAAAAUUAAGGAAAAUAGCGGAAAGAGCCCGUUUUUAAGCUAUUUCUAGUGUCUCCCAUUUUGAGAACGAAAAAUGACGAUUUUGCACUGAGAGAUUACACAUUUGUGAGCCCAAAUGUGUAGUUUAAUGGGAAAAAACGUCAAAAUUUGCCAAUAAAAGCAUUUUCCGCUCGGAACUAACGAAAUUUAGGCAAAACCCAGUGAAAAACCACCGAAACCCGUAUUUUCUUGCAGAAGUGCCUUCAAACGGCCGGACGGCUUCGCCAUCACCACGCCCGCCCUCAUUCUGACCGCCGGAACAGCGGCCGCCCGUCAAAUUCGUGCACCGGACGUGAAAACGGAGGCGAUGGAAGUGGACGGCGGCCGGAGAGCCUAUCAGCCGAGCGUCAUUCUCAAUGUGAGCAUCUUGUGGGAAAAAUUGAAGAUUUUGAGGUUUUUUUUUUAGGAAAACCCUCUCAGUGCGGGCUCUGUAAAGCAGAAAGAAGUGGACGAGGAGACACUGUUCGCCGAGCAACUCGCCACCAUUCAGAACAGUGUUCGCCACGUGGAAGUCAGCGAGAAAACGACGGAGAACGUGGCGAUUUCCAGCCGGAAGGUUCGCGGAAUUGUUCUGAUCCGAUCGGGACCAAACUUUGUAGACUUUUAGGACAUGGAUUGAAGUAUAUUGGGCCCAAGUUCCAGAUCGAUCGAGUUAUCCGGUCCCGAGAUAACCUGUCUUUAAAAUCGGCAUAUUUCGGGACCAGGUGAUCCAAUCGGUCUGAAACUUGGACCCAAUAUACUCCAAUCCAAGUCCAAGAAGCCGGCAAACUGUUGGUCCCAAUCGGAUCAUGGCAAGUGGUCCCAAAGUCCAAAAGGAAUUUUCCCCCAAACAAUUCCGGAUUUUUAAGCGAGAACAAGAAGAAGUGGACGAUUUGCUGGACGGAUUGGACGACGACGACGACGACGAAGAAGAAGAGCAAACGGUGACGCUCGGAGCGGCGCCCGUCCAAAUCGAGGAGGAAGAAGACGUCGGAGACCUUCUGAUGGCCAAAAAGAAGAAGAAAAAGUGA